AAAAAAUAAAAAGCCACUCGGGCUGCUCUUGUGUCGGGGGCGGGGCUCCUCCAAGCUUAAGAUGGACUGGGACAGCUGAUGGACAAAUGUCUCUGUCGGCGAAGGGCAACAAAAAGCUCGAAGAAAUGGACUCGGACAAGAUUUUUCAUCCCAGCCUAUCUGCGGCCCUGAUGAAGUUGGACCCCGAAGACGGCGGCAAGAUGAUGGAAUACUUCCAAACGCACGCCUUGCUGGCCAGAGAGAAAACUCUUCUGCAGGCGUCCGUCCGUGAGCAGAAGAAGCUGCUGGUGGAAAAUGGCAAACUGAAGAAGGACAUUGAGGAGCUGAGGCACGAGCUCCACGACAAACAGAGGAGACGCGUGGCUAAGGUCCUCCUCUCACCCAGCAAGACGCUCAAUUCGCCUGCUUCGCCGGCCGCCGCCGCAUCGCAGACCUCCUCGCUCGACCUGGAUGGGGGACGCAAGGUGCCUCACAGGCAAAGAGGAGACAAGAAAGCUGCUCCUGCAACGCCGCCGCCCACAGUUGACGUGUCCCGCCUGGACCUGAGAGUCGGACGCGUCCUCAACGUUCGCCGCCACCCGCAAGCAACCAAUCUGACGGUUCAAGACGUCGACGUAGGGGAGAAAGCCCCCCGCUCAGUCGUCAGCAAGCGUCGCCCGGACGACCAACAGCCGCUCGUCGGCUCGCUCGCCGUCUUGCUGUGCAACGUGAAGGGCUGCAAAGUGAAGGGCGUGGCUUCGCACGCCCGACUCCUGCGUUGCUUUCAGCCUGACGGCCCGGUUGAGCUGCUGGCCCCGCCCACUGGUUCCGAGCCCGGGGACAGAGUCACUUUCCUCAACCAUCCCGCAGGUGAACCUGACCGGGAGCUGAAGGCCAAGCAGCGGGUGUGGGAUCGUGUCCAGGCCGGCCUCCGGGUGGACGCCCAGGGUGUGGCCACCUACAACGGCUGUGGCUUCCAGGUGGAGGGGAAGGGCCUGUGCAGGGCGCCGUCGCUCACCAACGGCACCAUCCGAUGCACAUAGACACACGUGACCGACGCCGUUUGAUGACAUCGUUUUGCUUUCUCGUCCUUAGUCGUGUGACUUGUGUCCAGUCCGUGUUCUAUUUCGCUGAAAAGCUGAUUUUGGAGGAGUGAUUGUUUGAUUGUAUUUACAUUUGUUUGAUUAUCUAUAGGUUGAUCUACUGUAAUUUUCGGACUAUAAGUCGCACCGGAGUAUAAGUCGCACCAGCCAUAAAAUGCCCAAAAAAGUGAAAAAAAACCAUAUAUAUGUAUACAAGUCGCUCCUGAGUAUAAGUCGCCCCCCCCACCCAAACUAUGAAAAAAAACCGCGACUUAUAGUCCGAAAAUUACGGUAUAUUAAGUAAUGUGAGCUAUAAAAAGGAUGUGAGCUACACUUCUAAAUUUGUCUUCUAGCUUAUCGUUAGUCUAAACUCUGCUCGUAAUCACAAACUAGCUAGCUCGCUAAUGAAGCUAAUCAUCGUCAUCACACACGCAUGCUGACUUGUCUGAGUUCUGCGACAAUAUAUUAAGCUUGAGCUCAUUUUU